ACUAAUUUAUUCUAUCUGGUGGGUGGGUGAUUAUCAGGCUGGCCGGACAGGGGAACAUUGAAUUGAAGAACAAUAUAUAUAAUGGGGGCUUGUGUGUCGACGCAAUCGCACAUGAUUGGGAUGCGGAGGAAGCGGCUGUUCAAGCGGGGGCGACGGGGGAAGGCGGCCGCCAUACGGGGCGGUGGAGAUGGAGUUACAGAUUUCUCCGUCAGCGAGUUUGUCCACACCACCACCACCACCACAUGCCGGCGAUCCGCCGUCUCAAACUCCACCUUCCACCUUACUCAGCGCCAAUGGCACCAUACCCAAAGAGGAUCUAACGUAGUUAACCAAGAAGAGGCAUGGUUUGACACUACUAGCAUUCUAGACUCAGAGUCAGAUGAGGACUUCUGUAGUGUCUAUGGAGAGUUAUUCCCAAACAGGCUAAGUGGACAAGUAGUGCAGUAUGAAAUCCAUGAAAGAUAUCUAAAGCUGGAUGUCAGCAACAACAAUACAGACAGCAAGCUUACAGACAUAGCUGACCACCUCAAGGAGCCAAAAGGACUUGCCCUUUUAACUGCUGCCACAGGCUAUCAUGAACAUAACAAGAAACUGGACCGCGGCUACGGGAGCUUCAAUUCCUCGAAAUCCGAGCGACAAUUUGGUCAUGAGAAGAGCCACGGCGACGCGUUCAAGUCUGUGUUGCCUAAACUGGGAACAUCUUUUAGCUUCAACGACAAGAUCAUCAAUGCGGCAAACUUAGGACUCUGUUCUCAGACCAGGAAAUCCACUGUCAUCAGGCUGUCUGUCACCAGGACACAAAUUGAUGCACAAGAACCCGAAGCUCUCUGUACACCAAAAAAGUACCUUUACCGUCCAAGAGCUGGUCUUAUAGUUCCCUGUUGUACAGAAGAAAAAUCGACACCGGGAACUUGGUCAUUCAUUCCACCCUCAAAUUUCAAGCUCCGUGCUGAAAGUUAUUUCACAGACAAGAAGAAACUUCCUGCUCCAAACUUGUGUCCUUACACUCCUAUUGGAGUUGACCUGUUUGUCUGCCCAAAGAAGAUCAAUCACAUCGCGCAAUAUCUCGAGCUUCCUUCUGCAAGCACAGAUCCAAAUCUUCCUUCUUUGCUCAUUGUUAACAUUCAGCUGCCUUCUUAUCCACCUGCAAUGUUCCUCGGAGAUUGUGAUGGGGAGGGAUUGAGCCUUGUGUUGUAUUUCAAACUCUCUGAAGAUUAUGAAAGAGAAAUCUCCCCUCAGUUUCAAGACAGCAUUAAGAGAUUAGUUAGAGAUGAGAUGGAAAAGGUUAGAGGCUUUGCAAAAGAUUCAAUGGCUCCCUAUAGAGAAAGGUUAAAGAUCAUGGUUGGCGUGGUCAAUCCAGAUGGCCUUGUAUCAAAUUCAACCGAGAGGAAACUCCUCAAUGCUUACAAUGAAAAACCCGUGCUUUCCCGCCCCCAACACAGCUUUUACCAGGGUCCAAAAUAUUUUGAGAUUGAUUUGGACAUCCAUCGUUUUAGCUACAUAGCGAGGAAGGGACUCGAUGCAUUUAGAGAACGCCUAAAAGAGGGGAUUUUGGAUCUUGGCUUGACAAUUCAGGCGCAGAAACAAGAAGAGUUGCCUGAAAAAGUGUUGUGUUGUUUGAGGUUAAACAAGAUCGAUUUUGCGGAUAAGGGGAAAAUCCCAACACUGAUGAGAGUAGAGGACAACGAGACUUCGCAGAGUGGCAUCCGCGGCCUGCUAACAGAUGCAUGAGGAAAUAUCUGUCCUAGAUGGAUUCUUAAAUGGAAUCUAAUGUUGUAACAUAAGCCAUUAUCAGGAUUCAACUGUAUUUCUGAUGUUUUUUUCUUACAUGUAUCAUAAUGGAGGAUUAAGAGCUUUGUUUCUUCCCUUAAGCAUGAGUUGUUAUGUAUGUGAUCAUGCCAUAGGGUCAGGUGGCCAUGGAA